AUGAACACUCGCAAUGCAAUUGUAGAUGGAAACCACGCCCGUGCUAAUAAGUUUCUGAGUGUGGACUUUAAUCAGGACUACACAUGCUUCAGUUGUUCGAUGCAAAACGGGUUCAUGGUGUUUAAUGUAGACCCUCUUGAAUGCAAACUUUCGAAACAAUUUAGUAAUGUCAAUGCGUGCGGAAUAGCCAUGUCACGCAUGCUGUAUCGCACAAACUAUGUGGCGCUUGUUGGGGGUGGUAGAAAACCAAGGGCUCCUCCAAACAAAUUGGUGAUCUGGGAUGACCUUCAGCAACGGGAAUCCCUUACGCUAAGCUUUAUGUCUGCAGUAAGAGGGGUUUUUCUGUCACGCAUACACAUUGUGGUAGUUUUGGAGAGCUCUCUCGAAAUAUAUGAGUUCGGUGGCACUCCAAAACGACUCAUAGAACCCCUCGAUACAUGUGCAGGAGCUGCUGCAGACUUCGUUGUGUGUCAGCGUGUGACACGCAGAGGUUCCACAUCAGAGCCUGCAGUUCCUCAAACGAUAACGCGUGGCAUUCUUGCGUUUCCUUCUGCUAGAAAUCCAGGCCAGGUACAGGUGGCAGACUUGUCGCAUUUGCAAUCUAGUGAAGCUGAAGAGACCAACGCGGUUCAGCUUCCAACAUCCAUAAUAAAAGCUCACAAUAGUCCCAUAAGGCUUAUUAAAAUCAGCCCCAAUGGAACCAUGGUCGCCACUUGCUCGAUGCAGGGUACACUAAUCAGAAUCUUCAGCACUCAGAAUGGUUCACUAAUGCGAGAGUUUAGAAGAGGUCUGAACCGCGCAGAUCUAUACGAAAUGGCUUGGAGCUCACGAGGCUCACGACUCGCGGUCAUCAGCGAUAAACAGACGUUACACGUUUUUCAAAUAACUGAUGAUGAUAGUGACACCAAAAAUAAGACGCACGUUCUCAAGGACUUACCACUUUUGUGGAGACCAAAAUAUCUUGAAUCUGUUUGGGCAAUGUGCUCAUUGCAUUUGCGCUCCGCACUCAAGGGGAAGGGCACCAUGAACGACCAGGAUUUCUACAAUGACCGGUGUAAAGUAGGUUGGUGUCAUGACGGUGACGAGGACUCCUUAGUUCUGGUAUGGAAGGACAGUGGUAUUUGGGAAAAGUAUGUGCUUCUCGAAAAGGAACCUAGGUCGUAUGCUGUAAACGAGACCUUGCAGACUUCGCCAGUAGCUUCGCACAAGAAGGAGUGGGAAAUUGUUAGAGAGAGCUGGAGGAAACUGUGA